AUGUUCUUCGAGGACGCCAACUUUACAAAGAAGGACAGCCCAAUCGGUAUAGCCUGGCUCCUCGCAACCCUCGGACCCAAGAAUCAAGCCCGCAAGAUCUCCAGGAAGGAACUCAUCGCGUUCAACCUCGAGAAGGCAUGCGAGUACAUUUCUCAGCCGCCCGAGCCCCUUGCGCUGAGGACGAGUGCUACUCUGCUCUAUGGUGUCGCCAAGGUGUACAAUCAGCACUUUGAGGAGUUCUACACGAACGUCAAUACCUUCCACACCACCCUCACCCGCAGCAUCAUCACCGACUUCACGACCGGCGGGAAUGGAGGUACAGGCGGAACGAGGGGUAUUGACCUAAACGACGACGGUAAGAGCAGGAUCGACCAGAUCACGUUCGGCGGUAUCGACCUCGGAUGGCAGUCAGGUCUUGACUUCAACUUUGGUCUUAUUGACUGGUCAAACCCCCUUGGGCCUGCCCGACAACGCCGCGCCAGUUCCAAGCUCGACUCGCAGCCGUCUCAGCAGUCCGCCAACGGCGAAGAAGAAAACGAGGAGGACGAAUAUGCGUCAGACGAUGAAGCAGGCGUUGCGCGAAAGCGAGCGAGAAGCGACUCCACUCCAGGCGUCCACGACCACACCCGCCGGAUCACCUCCAUCCACCACCGCUCCGACCGCAUCACGCCCCAGCUGGACGACUUCCAGCCUCCCAUCGACCUCGACCUCGGUCUAGAUGACUUCGCCGACAACCCCGACACGAGCUUCUCCAUGCCUGGCGAGGCGUUUGGGGACAACAUGGGGGACUUUCAGUUUGAUGCGGGUGCGGCGGACUACAAUAUCGACCGCAUGACUCCCCAGCAAGACGACCGUCAAUCCUCUGUCGAUCCCGAGGGCAACAUCAUCGCCGCCUCUGGGACCAAGAGCGCUCUCAAGAAGCGCCGUCGGGGGUCUGACGAGUCUGGCGAAGACGAGGAAGAGGAGGCGGAGCCGCUCGAGCGGAAGAAGAGGGUCAAGAAGCAGCGCAAAGUCAAGUGGGAUCAGAGCCUGGAGAUGUCUGAUGAGGACGAGCGGAAUGCGCGUCAGAAGUAUGCAGAGAACAUGGAGGCUCAAAGAAGGGAGAUGUUGGCGAAGGAGCACGAGAAGGCUGUACAGGGCAAAGCAGACCAGGUGGUCGAUAGUGCCGGUGGAUGGCUUGAGUUCUUCGAUCCCGGCAUGAAGGCCAUGUUCGCGACCAUCACCAAAGCCGGGAAGUGGAAAUGGGAGCUCGACGUCGCUGCGCAGCGAGCAGGCAAGAAGUUUGUCCCUGAGGAAGAGGAGGAACAGCGGGAUGGGCCUGUCCAUGAUCAGGCUCAGGGUCAAGAUGGGAAUGACAACCUUUACAAUGAUGAGUUCGAUAUGGGGCAAGGUCAGCAGGGGGAUGGGCCGGAUAUGACGCAGUUUGAGAGCGGAUACGAGGACGUCUUCCACGACACCAUGCAAGAGAUCGUCGAUCCCAAUAGCAAGCCGCGUCGGAGUCAGUCGACCGAUGUCGAGUUAGGCCGAAGGGCAAGUCAAGCUAGUCAGGUCGUUCUGCCUUGGCACGACAGCCGAUAUGAAGACGACAACGACUUCGCCGCUGCUCCCGACUCUGGCUUCUCACCUGGCAGUCUCCACUUCAGCGCCAUGACCCCUCAAGAAGCUAGACUUCGACUCUACUCGCGCAGCAAGUCCGGUACCGGCUCGCGUAUCCCUACUGGCCCGCUCGGCCGUCGGGGCAGGUCUCGGUCUGGGUCGGUAUUGCAGGACAGGGCAGGUGGGCCGGGCGCGAUGCUUGUGGAUGGACCAGAAGAUGAGAGCUUGCCGGCGCAGGAAGUCCUGGACCUAGCAGAAGAGCCCAGUCAGCUCAUCAGCGACGUUCCCGACGCGUUCAGGCCCGAAAGUCUUGCUACUAUCGAAACGCAGUGCCGAAACUUCUUGACCUACGUUGAGAAGAAGAUGAUCAGCAAUAAGACGGACGAGGUCGACUUUGACGAUGUUGUGGACUAUAAGACACCCCGCCGGGUCGCUGCUACUGCUUUCUACAAUUGCCUGACACUCGCCACCAAGAACCUGCUCAAGGUCGAUCAGGCCGAGGCAUUCGACUCCUUCUCCAUCCGCUUCACCGCCUAG